UGUGAUAUGUCACAACAAAAUGCUCAUGGCCAAAGGAAAAAUCACGUACAGCAGUGGUUCCCUGGAUUUGUAUAAAAACAGCCAUGGAGACCAUCAUAAGCUCAUUGGCCAAGACAGAGUCAAUUGGAAGGGAUCUGCAUCUGGCAGUGCUGGCACAGGAGUAGAUGAACUGAGGAAUUAAGACUUUACCAGGCACUAAACUAAGAGUUUACUAUGCGCUAAAGUAAGAGUUUACCAGGCAAUAAACUCUCAGGCAACUAAGAGCUGUCCUGGGAAACUGGGCACCCGGGUAGGCCGGUCACUGUCAGUGUAAGAGCAUAAGGGCUCCGGGUGCCAGUGCACCCGUCCAGCUGGAAAAGAGUCCUACAAAGCGCUGGUUAAAGCCAGGGCAGAGUUAUAAAAGAUAUUAUACAACCAAGCAACCAACUGCAAAACUACGGCAGGCUGCUAACUGCCCGAUCCAGGGCUGGUGAACCUUGGGAGAGAGAUCAACGACUGAGAAGAAAUAAAGAAUGGGAGAGCAGUGUCCUGUGGCAUCCAACAGACUGAAGGUGUCACUGGGUGACAACAAGGCUCAGUCACAGGAGUACCAGCGAGACCGGUUCACAGCUGAUGAUGUUUGAUGGAUGUUUUAUGGCAGGGAUGCUCUGAAGUAUCUUACCGAAGCUUUUCAGUCCAUCAGUGAAGCAGAACUUGACGACACAAUUGAAAAUGUCAUCGAUGCCGUUGAAAAACAGCCUUUGUCAUCUGACAUGAUUGAACAAUGCACAGUGGAAGCAGCGGUCCAGGAGUGUAGCCAGGCGGCAGAUGAAACCAUAGAAAAUGUUUUCAACAUUAUCGGAGCCUUCGAUAUUCCACGUUACGUUUAUAAUUCAGAAAGAAAGAAGUUUCUACCGCUGUCCAUGACCAACUUCCCCGUGCCCAGUUUAUUUGGAACUGCCAGAGAUAAAGCGGAGCUGUUCCGUGAACGCUACUCCAUCUUGCAACAGAGGACUCACAGACAUGAGCUGUUCUCUCCUCCCGCAGUCGUUGCUCACCCUAAUGACAGCACGAGCAAAUUCCAGCUUAAAACAAUAGAAACUCUAUUGGGCAAUACAGCUAAAGUGGGAGAAGUGAUUGUGCUUGGGAUGAUAACCCAGCUCAAGGAGGGGAAGUUUUUCCUAGAAGACCCUACAGGAGUCGUCCAGCUGGACCUUAGUAAAGCACAGUUCCACAGUGGUUUAUACACUGAAUCGUGCUUUGUUCUGGCAGAAGGUUGGUACGAAGAUGAAGUUUUUCACGUGAACGCUUUUGGAUUUCCGCCUACUGAGCCUUCUGCCACCACGAGAGCCUUCUAUGGGAAUGUGAACUUCUUUGGAGGGCCUUCUUCAGCCUCGGUGAAGGCUUCUGCAAAACUGAAGCAGCUGGAGGAUGAAAAUGAAGAUGCCAUGUUUGUGUUUCUUUCUGACGUCUGGCUGGACCAAGCAGAAGUACUGGAAAAGCUGCACACGAUGCUUUCGGGUUAUUCCUCUGCACCCCCAACCUGCUUUUUCUUUUGUGGGAAUUUUUCAUCUGCACCCUAUGGCAAAAAUCACGUUCAGUCACUGAAAGGUUCUUUGAAGGCUCUUGCAGAUGUUAUCUGUGAACAUCCCAGCAUUCACAAAAGCAGCCGAUUUGUGUUUGUUCCUGGCCCUGAAGACCCUGGUCCUGGUUCUAUUUUACCCAGGCCUCCCCUGGCUGACAAUAUUACUGAGGAGUUCAGACAGCUGGUGCCAUUUUCAGUUUUCACCACAAAUCCUUGCAGGAUUCAGUAUUGCACCCAAGAAAUAAUCAUCUUUCGGGAAGACUUGGUAAACAAAAUGUGCAGAAACUGCGUCCGCUUCCCGAGCAGCAACAUGGACAUUCCCAACCACUUUGUAAAGACGAUCUUAUCGCAAGCGCACCUGGCGCCGCUGCCGCUGUACGUCAGCCCCGUGUACUGGGCCUACGACCACUCCCUGCGGGUCUACCCCGUGCCAGACGUGCUGCUCAUCGCAGACAAACACGACCCCUUCACCGUCACCAACGCCGACUGCCUGUGCAUAAACCCUGGUUCAUUUCCAAGGAGUGGAUUUUCAUUCAAGGUAUUUUACCCGUCCAACAAGACAGUUGAAGACAGCAAACUUCAGGGGCUCUGAAUUUCUGCAAAACCGGAGUGAGCCUUUGUGAACCCCCCGCCCCGCUUGUUUUACAUGGAUCGAUUUUGUGGUGUAUUACGGACUGUUUAGAAUAAAUGUCAAAGCCAAAAA